AUGGCUCCUCCAGGUAUUUUGUGGGUCUCGUCACGGAUCACACAUCCGGAGAGGCUUUCGGUGGAUAAGUUUUCAGAUUGGUAUGAGAAUGACCAUAUCAAAGAUGUCCUCGAAUUGCCUGGUGCUGUAGCCGCAGUGAGGUACCAAGCUGCGGAGCGGCCGGUAAAGGAUGGAGGGGAGGAAAAGACGUAUAGCAGAGAGAUGCCUUGGUUGGUCGUAUACGAACUUCCAGAUAUGGUGGGCUUUCGCGAAUCGGACGGCUUCAAGGACAUCGCUCAACGCAAUCCACCGAGCCAAGAGCAAAUUGAGACUAUCUACGUGAAUGCACAGUUUGCUAUUCGGUUCUGUGAGGAAGUGCAGCGUUUUGAGGGGGAGAAGGCUAAGGAGAAUGGCCCCGCAAAAUUCAUAAUUUCAGGCGCUCUCGAGCCCCCUUCCGACACCGCUUCCACAGCCGAUUUCGACAGAUGGUAUCGCGAAGAACAUAUCCCUCUGUUCUCUCGCAUGCCAGGCUUCAUCCGCUCGCGGCGCUACGAGGUCAAGACCGCGUACACGCUCAACCAGCUCCAGCCCUCGGAUGAUAUGGAGAAAGUGCCAAAAUAUUACGCGUUGCAUGAAUUCGGGGGUGAGGCACUGCCGUGGAAGCAAAUUGAGGAGAGCGUGGAUACCGAGUGGGCAAAGAAGGUAAUGGGCACUGUGCAGAAGGCAGAGGUGGGGUGGUAUAAGGUUAAGAGGGUUUAUCCUGAAAGUGAGUGGGGGAGUAUCGGGAACUGA